AUGAUAAAACCAAUGAAAAUGUACAUUAGUUCUGAAAAAAUACAUGUAUUUAAAUUGAUUUAAAUAAGAUUGUACCAGACCCCUAAAUAUGUGGAUUUGAUAAGUCUCUUACAAUAGAUAAAUAAUAUUUUACAAUUUAAGUUAAUUAAACUAUGAUUGAAUCAGUCAUAUAAGAAAUAGGAAUUUUUGGAAUUGUAGGUGUUUAUAGAUUUUAUGGCAAACUUAACUUACUUUAUAUAGCUGAGGCAAAUUAGGUUUGCAAAAUAAAUGGUUAAAUUAUAUAUGAAAUAGUUUCGAUAUCAAAUAUUUUAUAGAAUCAAUUUUCUUCUAUGGAGCAAUAAAGCAUUAAAAAUAUUGAAACCUAUUUUAGUAAAUGCACAUAUUUCUCAUUAUAAUAUGAUUUGACAAUACCAUUAUCAUAAUAACAUCAACCUGAAUAAAGUGAAAGGAGUAUGAGAUUUUGGUGGAAUUUUCAUGGUUAUAAAACUUUUUUGGCAAAUUCUAUUCCAAAGUGUUGGUGCAUUAAAAUAAUUUAAGGGUAUGUUGGAUUAGGAUUGUGUGAAAUCAAAACUCAAUAAAAAUAGAAACUUACAUAUAUUUUAAUUUCAAGAAGAGAAACUCUAAGAGGAGGGACUCGAUAUAAUCAUAGAGGAUUAAAUAAUGAUGGUGCAGCAGCAAACACAGUGGAAACAGAAUAAUUAAUUGAGUAUUAAGAGAAAUUGUAUUGUCAUCUAUAAAUCAGAGGAUCUGUUCCAGUGUUUUGGGAAUAAAUAGGUAUUCGUGCAAUAUCAUAAAUUACAUAAACUACUGAAUAAACAAAAAUGGCUAUUACAAAACAUCUUAUGAAUUUAAAGAAGUAUUUUGGAUCUCUUUUAUUAAUUGAUUUAAUGGCUGUUGAUAAACCAAAUGAAGCAAUCAUAAGUUAAACUUAUAAAGAGUAAUUAAAUUGUUUAUUUAUUUAGAAUGAUCAAUAUGAUCAAUCUACCUUAAAUACAACAUUAAUAAAUUGAUUUUAAAUAAUAUUGUAAAAACUAUAAAUUUGAAAAACUUAAUCCAUAAAUUAUUUAAAAUAAAGACAUUUUAAUUUAAUAAUCUUAUACUAAAUUUUAGAAUGGAAAAUUAAGUAAGUAUUAUUUUAAUACUUAAAUUAGUGAAUAUUUAGAAUGGAGUUGUAAGAACUAAUUGUUUAGAUUGUUUAGAUAGAACUAAUGUAUUUUAAACAAAAAUAGCAUUUUUUAUUACAAAUCUUAUAUUAAAUGAUCUUGGUAUUAAUAUUCCAAAGGAAUUUAGAUGUGAAACUAUUUUAGAUUUAGUAAAUAUAUAUUUAUUAAAUUAUUAGUCAGAUUAAGAAAAAGUGCAUGAUCUAAUUAAAUUGAUUAAAAUUUUAUGGGGUGAAAGUGGAGACAAUAUUUCUAGACUCUAUGCAGGUACAAAUUCAUCAACUACUAAAAUCUAAAAGACUGGAGGUAGUAGUUGGACUGGUAUAAUAGAACAUGGUUUAAAAGGUUUUCAUAGGUAAUUGUUUAAUUUUAUUUUAGAUUUUAUAAUUAGAAUGUUACAGAUGAAGAGAAAUAAAAUAUUUAUUCAUUUAUAGUAGGAGAGAAUUAACAAUAAAAUAAAUAAUUUUUAGGAAUGGUUGAAUAAAUGUAAUAACAAUCACCUAUUAUUCAUAAAAAUUUAUUGUUAAUGGUUAUAGGGUAUGAUGCUUAGAAUUAGACAAUCAAAGAUUUCUUUCAUUUAAUUGAUUCUAGAUAGUAAAAAUUAAAUUAUAAUAAUUAUAUAGAAUACCAUAAUUCAUAAUAGUAUUAUUUUAAAACAUCGUUAAAAUAUGUUAACCUUGCAAUUAUAUCAAAGAUUAAAUGUAAUCAUCGAUUAGAACUUAAUUAGGAUAAUAUGAAUGUGCUUAUGCUAGUUAAAAUGUAAUUAUUAUACUAUUAGAUUAUAGGAAAAUUAAUAUAGUUUUAUAUUUACUAAAUAAUGUAUUUAAAAUGCUGAUUUUAAAGAUUAUAUUUUAAAGUAAGAUGAUAAAGAAUUAGGAAUUGUUUAAACUUUUAAUUAUGAAGAUUAACGAUUUUAAAUUAUUAAUUUAAAUGUUAAUUGUUAAGAAUUAUUAAUGUAUGAAAAAAAGAUAAUUGAAGGAAUUAAAAAUAAAAAUAUCAAUUUUAACAUAUCAAUUCUUGGUGGAAUUUGUAAUUCACAAAUAUUAAUAGAGGAAUCUAUUGAAGAUUUUUGUAGUAAGAAUAAAAAAGAUCCUAUCUCUUUAUUAUUUUAAAAAGAUUAAUUAUGUUAGUGUUUUGAAAUAUCUUAGUUGUUGAAAAACUACCAAGAACCCAAUAUAAGUUUUUUACCAAAAAAUGGAUCCAAAAGUUGGGCAAAUAGAAUCUUAUAUGGACCAUUAGAAUCAUAGGAUGCUUAUAAUAUUUUAGCAUAUGAAGAAUCAAUAAGUAAUGGUAUUAGAUUACUAAUUACAAUUGAUUUUGAAAUACUUGGUUUGAAUAGUUAAAAAAUUAUAAAUAAUGAAGAGGAGGAUGAUGAUAUAAGAUAUUCAUAAUAAUUCUACUAAGUUACAGAAGAAAAUGAUGAUUUCGAAAUAAUUACAUGA